AUGGGGCUAUCCAAGACGAACAGGAUCUUGAUCCUGCUGGUCAUUGAUACAGCAUUUUUCUUGCUUGAAUUAAUCACCGGUUAUGCCGUUCAUUCCCUCGCCCUCGUGGCCGAUUCCUUCCAUAUGCUUAAUGAUGUACUGUCCCUGUGUGUUGGUCUAUGGGCCGUGAAAGUCGCAAACCGGGAGACCACCUCCAACACCUAUACCUAUGGCUGGCAACGAGCAGAGACACUUGGUGCUCUGGUCAACGGCGUAUUUCUAGUUGCUCUUUGCAUGUCGAUUUUCUUGGAGGCAACUCAGCGAUUGGUGGAGCCCCAGGAAGUGCAAAAUCCUCGAUUUGUCUGCAUUGUUGGGUGUUUCGGUCUUGCUUCCAACAUCAUCGGUUUGGUGCUCUUCCAUGAUCACUCCCACGGACACGGCGGCGGCCACGAUCAUGGCCAUGAUCACGAUCACGAUGAGCAUGAGCACGACCACGAUAUCGAGGCUGGGGGUUACAUCGACCACGAGCACACUGAGAUUGCCGCCCAUAGCUUAGAGAGGACAAUCCCUGGCGCUGGAGGACCCGCAGGCUUGGCACCAAACUCGCUCACCCAAACUACUACAGAGCCAUCCAGCCCCCGCAAACGGCGCGACACCCAGACUCGCGGCGCGCGGACAUACAGCACCUCAGGACGUGUAUUCGUGAGCGCCGACGAUAUUCCCGUGCUCCCAGAGAGACUCAGACAAGGAAUUAUUGCGGCCAGCCAAUAUCGUAAUGAGCAAUCGUCAGACUCGGAGAAUGGCCAUGACGAGGACGAGAUUCCUUCCGAGCGUUCAGGUCUCCUCAGUCACCGGGAUCGCACCACCAACUAUACAGACGAGGAGGGCGUCCCAGUUAAAAUCCACGAUCACCGCGAUGAUGACGUUCACAAAUCCCACAAUCAUGCACAGCCCAAGCCGAAGGACCAAAAGAAGGGCCACAGUCACGACCUGAACAUGCGCGGUGUCUUCCUCCAUGUCGUGGGAGAUGCGCUUGGAAACAUCGGUGUGAUUGUGUCUGCGCUUGUCAUCUGGUUGACGGACUACGAGUGGCGUUUCUACGUCGACCCGGGCAUCUCCCUCGUUAUCACGCUCAUCAUCCUUGCUUCCGCCAUCCCGUUGUGCAAAGCCGCUUCUCGUAUCCUUUUGCAGGCCGUGCCCCCUGGCAUGAGCAUCGAUCAUAUCAAGGAGGAUAUCGAGCGACUUCCCGGUGUCAUUGGUUCUCACCACCUACACGUCUGGCAACUGAGCGACACCAAGAUUGUGGCUUCGCUUCACCUCCAGGUGGACACCGAGAUCAAGGGCGAAGGAUCGGAGAGAUAUAUGCGCCUGGCCAGACAGGUGAGACGUUGUCUUCAUGCUUACGGUAUUCACUCUUCGACCAUCCAACCCGAGUUCGCACCCGAGAGUGAUGUCGAGGACAAUGGCCAAGCAUCAUCCUCUCGAGGCGAUGACCUAGUUCCCAGCCGUGCUGCCAGUGUUAGGGAAGGCGACCCUCAAGCGUGUCUUUUGGAGUGUGACGAGAACUGCGCCCGAGGAGGCCAGUGUUGCCCCAAAAAGUGA